UGUCGUGACACUUCGGUUCAGCGGUUUCGGUUUCAGUUUCGAUCAGGAUGAUCAGUCGCAAGUGGACAGUGCCAGUGGGGUUACUAGUAUUCGUCGUAGUGAAUUAUGUGAAGUGCCAGAUUCCUGGACUGGGAGGCUGUCCGGAUUACAGUCCGAUGAGCAGGUUCAAUCGCACCCGAUUCCUGGGAACUUGGUACGAAGUGGAGCGCUACUUUACGGUUAGUGAAGUUGCCGCCAAAUGUGUUUCGGCAACCUAUGAACGGAUGCCCGAUGGCAGGAUUCACGUUAGGAAUGCGUUGACCAACCGAUUUAACAAUGUCGAGAGGAUAAUUUCCGGAGUGAUGGAACCCCCGGGUAAAAAAAAGAAUGGCAAAUAUACAAUCCAAUACUCGUCGUUCCCGUAUAACUACAACGCGUCCUACAUGGUUCUGGACACCGACUACGACAGCUUCGCCGUGGUGUAUUCUUGCAGCAACAUCGGUCCCGUGGGUCAUACCGUUUCGGCCUGGCUGCUAGCUCGCGAGCGUCUCCCACCUGGUCCAAUCAUGCAGCGUGCCUAUGGAAUCUUGGACAAGUACCGCAUCAAUCGCACCUUCUUCGUAAAAACCAUCCAGGAUAGCUGCGUCAUCCGUGCACCACCGGAACCGGCUAUUGACCCAACGGAACCAUCCACACUGACGCGGCACAGCCCGCAAAUCAACACCGAGGAGGACCUGAUUCAGCUAAGGAAUGAUAUCUUCGCAGGACCUGACCCUGAGAAACAGGUUCAACCCGACGAAGAAUAAAAUAAUGUAUCGAGCGGUGAAGAUGGGAAAAUAAACUCUAGUUUUUUA